AAUUUACGAACACACCCUAGGAUGUGCCAGAUUAUAUUUCGAGAAAAUGAACAGCUAAGGAAGAAUUGUUCACUCCUCUCAUUGAUAUCUCGGAGUAAUAACAUGUUCAACUACUUAAGACAUUGUCUCGAAUAUAGGAUGUGCUCUUAGAUUUCGAGAAAAUGAACAGCUAAGGAAGAUGUUUUACUUCUCUCAUUGAUUUCUCAACCACCAAAGCCCGGUAUGGUCUGCUUCGCAAGCGUUCCCGGAAGUCUCUCGAUGUUGCGUCUCUGGGUUUAGAAACUCUGUGUUUACUUGUUACAAACUACACCCGGAUAGCUUCGAGGAUCUGUUGUCAUAGCGACGAAUGGACGCUGUGGCUGGCUCAGAUGGAAUCGUGAGUUAGCUUCCUAGCUAAACUCAAUCGAACUUGAGCUAAUAAGGUGAUAGCCAAAUAAGUAUUAACUCUUUACAUUAUAAAGAUAAAAUAGAAGACAAUGUAUUGUCAUGCAAUGUAGAUUUUCAACUAUGGCUAGGCUUGGCGCUUGAGCUGUUUUGCUAAGUACUGAAGUUGCAAAUAACGUUAGCUGACGUUACAGUAGCCGCUUGAUUGCAUUGCAUGUUUCGGUAAACUACACAAAAUCCCUCUCUCGACAUUAUGGCGGAGACUCGUGUCAUUCCAAGUGGGAAAGUCUACCGCCAGAUGUUUGACGCCCAGGUUCAGCUGUCAAGGUCUCUACAUGAUACUCGGAGGAAACGUGAGACUAAUGAAGGAUUCUUACCAAGGGACAACCCUCCACUUAGUAGGGACACAGACACUGGUCUGCAGCAGCGGAUUAGAGCUCAUCAGGCUGAAACCCACCAAUGCUCAGAGGAAAUGGCUGUUAGGGACCAACUGUUCUCAGGCAUCAAGCAUUGCCAGACGAGUGAGGAGCAGCUUGUUGAGGAGGAGAUCCGUGGACUACCUGACCAUGUUGUGGCAGAAAAACCAGGCUCAGACAUCAUUGACCGCCUGAUGGAGAAAAAGCAGAGGAACCACCUAGAGGCUAUGGCAGAGUUGCACAGGGACCUUUCUGUGCUCAGUGUGGAGUAUGAGACAUUAUUCAGGCAAACUGGGCAAGAGGUGCUGCACCAACUCUCAGUGUACGAUGGCAAUGUGGAGAGACAAAUGCAGAGGACUGAAAAUAUUUCUGAUUUGGAGAAGUUCACCUUACAGGAACUUCAUGAGUUCUGGGAUACAGUGAAACAAGAGUCAGUGAUGAGGAGGAAGUGGAUCAAGGAUCUGGAUGAUACCCUGGCUAAGUAUGAGUCUGACAGAACAGCCAUGAUUGCAGCAUUGCUGAGAAAAUACACAGGGAAACUGGAAAAAAUCUGCUACGUAAUGCCCUCGGAUAUCCACCGACUGAUCAAUAGAGAAGCCAUGAUGAUAAACCAGGCUAUUCUGGCAAAUAGACGAGCAGUGGCCAAGCUCUACCUGAACCUGAUGGAGAAUGAUCUACAGAAGCAGGUAUUCCACCGACUCAGAUGGGAGGACAAGCUGCAAGACUGGAAGAGGUUUAAGGUCCUUGGUGUGGUCAGCAGGUUCAAAGAUUUCAUGGGAAGCCCUCCAAUCCAGUGUCCCAAGGACGUACAAGCUAUUCUGGACACCAUGCGUGCAGCACAGCAAUCUUUUCGAGAAAGACGCAUCAAAAUUCUUCAGUCACUCACUGCCAUGAUACCUCCAAGAUGUUCAAAGACUCUAAUCACUGAGUGGUAUAACUCUUUGUCAUCUGUCAACGAGCAAAUUGAUUGUAUGCACAUUGAUUCAAUGAGGAAGCUACAUUCCUAUUAUGAAAAUACCUGGCAAGAAUGCCUAACUGAGGUAGAACAAGUCAAGAAAGAGAUUACUACAUAUGGGGUUUCUCCAGAAGAGAUCCAGGACAUUGUUAAUGCUGAGUUCCUGCCUCUGAUUGGGAAAUGCCAGAGCCAGACCGAGGAGCGCCAUGCCGCCAUGGAUAGAGCGUUUGAGUCUUUGGCCAAGAGAGCUGCUGUGCUAAGUAAGUCCCUUUUCAAAUUCACACGUGGGGCAUCUCACCUGUGGGAGGUGCACAGUACCGGGCUGCAGAGGAGGGAGCAGCAGCUGCAGGACCAGCUGGACGAGGUGCGCUACAGUCAGGAGCAUGAAAUCCAGAAGAAGGAGGCUCAUCUCGAUGUUAUAUUGGACAGACUGAGACAGGAGAGCACUGAAGAGGCACUCAAAAUCACGCUGGAGAAGACUCUACACUCCCUGGAUGAAAUAAAACUUGUAUACAUGCACUCCUACAAAGAAGAGGUGGACACAGUGGAGACUUAUCCUGCCAUGGUCUUGGAGGAGCUGCACUCUUACAGCUCUGCUGUCAGUCGAUUCUUCAACGUCAAGGAGAUAUAUACUGGUAGUCAGGACUCGGAGGAACUUCGCUCUCUUUAUCCUGUCAUAAACCUUGAUUUAACUGGGAGGGCCAGUGUGAAGAGGACAAGACAGAUCACUGUACAGGGAAGGAAACGUUGUCCGGGAGGAUUCCAGAAAAGUCCAAAUCCAGCACAUUCAUCCUUUGAUGAAUUUGACACUGAGGAUGACAUUGAUUCCCAUCGGGAGUUUCUUGACUCUCAGUCCAGUGAGACAUUCUGCACCUCUAAAGGCAAUGUGUACAACGGCCAGAGCUUUGUCUCGGACACGGAGCAGGAUUCCAUUCCAUCUGAGAUGGAGUUGGUUGUGUUCCCCAGAAGUCUCCUUGCGGAUCUACAAAAAGAUAUACGUCUGUUGUUUUUCAAUCACCUCGAAGAGAGAUAUCAGACGGCUCUGACCAACACUAUGAAUAUUGUGGCAGCCAAGAAGGAGGCGCUGAAGUCGGAGCAGGAUCUCCGACUGCACCUCCACCAACCACGGGCUAAGAGAAUCGAGGUGGACAUCCACAAUGUCCGUGCUGCGGAACUGGUACUGCACAGAGAUCGUGUGGAUAGGCACUGUAAAGGCAUCUUGCAGGCCCUUGGCAACUGCCGAACGGACUUCCACGAACUCCAGAUUCGACAGCACAAACUGACUGAGGACUUCAGAUCCCAGAUUUACAGCAUGGAGGAUGUCUUUACCUAUGCCACCAAGUCAGAUGUGCUGGUUGGCCUAUGUGGUACCCUGCAAUCCAAUUUGGAGAGCCACAUGAACAUCAUUCAGGCAUCACAGAGAAACUUCAGACAGACUCUGGAGUCCAAGCUGGAUGGCCUAAGAGAGACCAACGUCCAGUUAAUCAAAUCCUUUAAGCUGUUCUCAGAUGGAGGGAACUUCACACCCAAAGAGAUAGAGGCGCAUCACAAACGGAUUGAGAAAAUGGUUAAACGUAUCGACACCAAUGAUGAGGCCAUAAUGCUGGAUAUGGAGGGGACAGAGUCCAAGUGUCUGGAGCUGGCGAAGGAUGUGAUAAACAGAUUUGAGGAGAAAUUCCACUUUUUGACAGUGGAUUUGAAGUUUCUGGAGAAAAUCCAAGGAAUGCUAACAAAUACACAGGUUCAGAUAAAAACGGAGGCAACAAAGAGUAACAUGCAAAAGAAGAAAAUCAACAGCCUCCUGACCGAGUUAAAAAGUAUGGUAGAUACUUGUGCCAGAAGCAGUCCAGAAAAGACAGUGACGACAGAUUAUGUUUUCACCUUUACAUGGUCUAUAAUAGAGGAAUUGAGGGCACGAUGCCAUUAUCUUGAAUGCUUUUUGAACCCUUCCAUGGCAGUCCUGAUGCCUGAAUGCCCUCUCCAGGGGCCCUUCGCUGUAGCGGCACGCCCCAAGUCCCGCAAGUCAGCCAGCCCUGCCACGGACGGCCUGCUCCAGCCCAGCCGCAUGGGGGUGUCCUUCAUGGAUGAUGUGGCAGUGGGGGUCAUCAGGGGACUGCUGAGGCUAAGCAAGCCUAAAGUCACCCAGGAAGCCAAUUCAGAGUCGACAGAGAGGGUCUCAGCAGCAGUCACAGUCAGGUUGUCGUCUCCUAUUGGGCAGAGGUCAGGGGAUUCUGCCGAAUCUGUCAGUGCACAAAGUGUGAAGAGGUUUUCCAAACCCACUCGCUUUGACAAGAGAUUCCAGGUGUUUGGUCCCAAACCAGAGAUGCAUGGCGUAACUGCCUUCAAAAGUUUGAUAAACGGCAUUCUUUGGAAGACCAAUGAUAUUCUUCUCCUGGUUGCUGAGGAGUUCUAUAAGAAGAAGGAACGCCGGCCUAUCACAAGGCCUCAGUACCUCCAGGAGACGUUUGAACAAUGUGCAGAGGAGAUGAACAAAAGGCUGCUCAUCUACCAGAGCCAAACUCAGGACUACCACAACAACUGUCUGCAAGAAUUCCGACAGCAGCUGAAGGACAUUGAGGAGUGUCUUUCCAAGGUGCCAGGGGUGCUGAUCUCUAACCUGGGAGAACAACACCUGGAGAGCCUGAGCCAAGACACGGACAACAUCCGUCAACAGCUAGGCAACAGUCUGCAGGAGAGCGAGGGGAGAAAGAAAAAGCACAGUGGCAAGCUGAGUGUGCGUCUGAGCCAUCCUGCUUGUGAGAAAGAGCUGGAGGCCUUGAAUCGUGCUGAAGAGGAGAGACAAAGAGAGCUGACCAAUGCCAUCACGAACACUCUGCAAGAGCUACAAGCAUGUGUGAGGAAACAUGGGGAGGAGUUUGUGAGAGCACUCACCUCUCUGACAGAGAACCUGCUGUUCCAGAUGGACAACCUCCUGACCGUAGAUGAGGUCCAAGUUGGCCAAGCUGAAAUGAAGAGCGAAAAUGGCACCACUCUAACUGGCCCAAAACAAGCUGGCACGCCGCUAGAGGAGAAGCAGAGAGGCAGCAGAACGUGGCCAGGAAUCUCUUACUUUGGAUCCAGUGCUGACGGUCCAGUGGAGCAACCAUGCAAGGAAACAGCCUCCAUCACCACUGCCAAGACCACCGUAGGCCACCUGAGAGCAGUGGAGGCCCGUGACUCUAUGUACCAGCACUAUGAGCAGCGGUACAGGGAGGAGCUGGGCCGGGCCAUGCAGGAGAGCCAUGUCCAGAGGACGGAGGUGCAGUGCUGGGAGGAACACUGGAGAGGUUUACUGAACACUCUGACCCAGCUCAACGCUGAGUGAGCACCUAGCAACUCUGCACCGGAGCUCACCGUUUUCUACUGCAGCACUAGACUAGAUUAAAAUUAGAUUUCCUGUGACAAACAAAUUCAUGGUUUGCAUUUUUCUUUCUCUGUUCCUGGAGUGGCGCAGGUACUACAGGAUGUUGUUCUAACUAAGCACGACACCUGACCAACUGAGCUAAUUGAUCAGUUCAGUGAUUUACUAAAUUCAACACACCUGGUCUUCCAGGUGAUGAA